GCGGGGCCUGCCGGCGAUGUUAUUUUUCGAAAUAAAGGCGGUGGCGCGAGCGGUGGCUGGAGAGUGAGGCCUUCGGGGCGCCAUGGAGCCGGACAGCGUUAGAUAGAUAGAGCGGGAGGGUGAAGGAAAGAGGGAGAUUGGACAGGACCGGGCACCGCUAAUGAGAAAGCCCUGGCGCCGGGGAGGGGCGGGUGGGGUGAAACGAUAGGAACACGGUCCCUGACGUCUCAUCCGCCGCCGCCGCCGCUCCUGCUCCAAGCCGCCCCCUUCCUCACCGCUUUUAUUCCGCGGCCCCUUUCUUUUAAUUUUCUUUUUAAAGGCCUCGCCGCCAAAUUUUUGCAGCAUUUCUUUCCUCCCUCCCGCCAUGAGCGGGGUCACCAGUCCCCCCAGGCAGCCGCGCAGGAGCUUCGGCCCCGGCCAGGUCCCCGGGAGGCGGCCGCGGCCGCCGCAGCAGCCGCCGCCACCGUCCCUCCCGCUGGAGAAAGGCCGCUCAUGUAAGGCCCUGUUCUCCUCCGAGCCUCCGGUGCUGUCGCCGGUGACCAACCUGGCAUUGAACAUGGUCAAUCUGACUGGCCUGGGCAGCAAUUGCGAUACACCGAAACGCAGGCCGAGUGGGUCCCCAUUACUCAAGACACUCUCAUCUGAUUCUGAUGCAGGGCUUUGUAUGGAUUCUCCAAGUCCAAUGGAUGAAAAGGCAAUCAGUGAAACGUUUGAAAAAGCAAUAUUAGAAUCUGGAAAAGUGAUUGCCAAAAAAUUCCCCAUAAGAAGAAUAAACUCCCUCCCGAUGAGACUUCUAGGAUCCAGUCCUGCAUUGAAGUCAAGCCAGUGUAAUUCUCUGGAUUCAGAAGUGUUUCAUGAAGGAAGUGGUGGUAUCCUCACAACUGACAAGAACAAAGAAAACGAAGGAUUUGAGUUCAAAAAGCCAGUUCAUCCAGUUUCUCGAAACCGUCUCUGUACCUUCUCUAGUGGGAAUAGACAGGAUCAGAGACCGAGCUCUGCACCUGCAUUAAUGUUUUUGCCUCGUACGGGUGAUACAUCAGCUGAUGUUAGUAGUCCAAUCCUUCUACGCAGAUCAUCACUAACCUCAUCAGUUGAUGAUGAAGAUGAUGGGUUUUUGGAGUUGCUUGAUGAAGAUAUU